AUGGAGUUGGAAUUCUUCGUCACCUCACAAGCCAACCCGCCAGAAACCCUCUCGCAUAGAGAGAGCCGCGAGCUGUGCAAAACCAUCGAGUUGAUAUACGCGCGAUUGAUUAUUGCAGAGGACAUCAUCAGCGCUCUAGAAGCAGGCCAUUAUUUGGAAGAGGCAUUCGGCGGUCGCAUUUGCAGCUUAAGGGAUAUAAAACGGCGCCUACGACCAUAUCAGCAACAUGACCGACACGAGUCUCGGCCACAGCUGCACAAGUGCCCUGCUGCACGAUGUCAGCACCAGUUUGAGACUGCCGAUAACCUGCCACGGCAUAUCCGAAAUACAGCUGAUCUUAGCCACCGCACAACAUCCAACUUGCUGCCCGUCAAGGUAGAAAGCAAAAUCAGCAUUGUUGAAGGGACCGCGGCGGACAAAGUUGACGAGCUUCCCUUUCAUGUCGUAAUGCAGCCAUCGUCGACCGGCUCCGAAAUGUCUGCCUUUGAUUACAGUGUCAAUUCCAUUGCCGAUCCCAGUUCAAUUCACUCUUCAUAUAUCGGCCCCAGCGGAUCCAUCUUCGACUACAGUGUUGAUUCCAUGGCUGAUUUCAGUUCAAUUCACUCCUCGUCUAUUGGCCCCAGCAGACCCAUCUUUGACGACAGUGUCAAUUCCAUUCAGGUGUUUUAUGAGACAUGGUCAGCGGUCGCUCCAUAA